AUGAUCUGCGAUGUGAUGAUGUGGCAGCCUCUGAUUGGCGCGGGAAUGGGGCCAUGGGGGAGGAAGGGGGGAGGAAAGCGGAUGUUAGGAGGGUGGAGUGGUGAAGGGGAGGGGGAGGAGGCCAAAGGAGGGGGGGGAGGAUGGAAGAGAGAGAGAGAGAGAGAGAGAGAGAGAGAGAGAGAGAGAGAGAGAGAGAGAGAGAGAGAGAGAGAGAGAGAGAGAGAGAGAGAGAGAGAGGGAGAGAGAGGGAGAGAGGGAGAGUCUGGAACAGUGGUGUCGUGCCGAUUUCUGAGGCGCCUCAUAAAGGAGUGGGGGGAGGAUGGGGGAGAGAGGGAGAGUCUGGAGCAAUGGUCUCGUGCUGAGUGUGACGUUUCCCGCUCGUUACAGUUUCGCGCGUGCAUGGCGCCUCCCGAGUCGCUGAUCUCCGCGGAAGCCCCCGCCAUCGGCGGAGACGGCGGAGAUUCCGAGUCGCGCGCGAUUCCAUGGGGUCACCCGGAGCGGCUCGACCUGGCGAUGGGCUCGCUGGUGGACGACAAGACGCGGUUCCGCAAGGAUGUGAAGAAGGCGCUUCGAGGAUUGACGGAGGAGCAACGCACGGCUGAAGACGUGGCAGUGCAGCGCCACGUGGUGCAGGCUGAUUGGUUCAGGUCCGCGCAGCGCGUGGCUGCUUACAUCAGCUGCCGGAAAUUGAGGGAAGUGGAGACUGCUGACGUCAUCAGCGACCUGCUCGGGAGAGGAGAUGGACGGUCACGAUCCAACGUGUACGGUGAACAGGAGCCGUUGGAUCUGAUUCUCGUGCCGGGGUUGGCGUUUGAUCGCAGCGGUGGGAGACUGGGCCGAGGAGGAGGGUACUACGACGUGUUUCUUUCGCAGUACUUGGCGCAUGCCCAGGCGAGGAAGUGGAAGCAACCGCUCAUAGUCGCUCUGGCCUACAAGGCACAGAUCCUCUCCUCGCCCCUCCCCAUGGAAACAUCUGACGUCCCCGUUAGUGGCAUCGUGUGUGCUGACGGCUUCCUUGCACCGCAUUGA